AUGCUGCGGAGACGCUUGACCUCUUCUUCGUAUCUGUUGCGGACAGAGCGAGGUCGAAUUCAUGACGGACAAAGUCGAGAAGGUCGGCGAGUCUGGCUGAACUGGUGUGCGGAGCUCCCGCGGGAGGUGCUGCGCCAGGUGGACCAGCAGCAGCACCGGGAGGGCCGCUGGAAGCAGGGCCUCCGGGACCGCCUGCUCCAGGUGCGCCCGGAUGCGGACCCUGCUGGGCUGCUGCGGCAGCGGCAGCGGCCGCGGCUGCCUGUGAAGGACCAGGACCACCUGGACCGGAAGGAGGCGGACCCGAUGGAGGACCUUGGGGCCCGGCGGAAGGUACGAUGGAUCGAUGGCCGUACAUGCUUGUCAACUAGAGUGUUGGUACAGAUGGACGGUCCGAAGCCGCUGGAUGUGAGGGAGAAACGCCGGAUGCUCCGAAAAUGUGCUGUGACGGCGGAGAUCAGACGCACAAUGGCAGGAUCUUACGAAGCAAAGCGCGCAAACGUAACUCUGACGCCGUGA